CUCCUGAACGACCCGACCAGAGCCAGGGACCAAAUUGCAACCGAGGAUGGAACAAAAGUAGGACUUUUAAAAUGUUGCCCAGUAAGAAGAGAAGAACUACAAUGACUGAGUUCCCACAGCAUCAAGACAACCAGGAGGAGAAUGACUUAGACCUACAGUCAGCUGUUAAACCAGAAUCUGACCAGGUUAAAGACUUGGGGUCAGUGUCACAGUCCUGGGGUGGAAGUCAUGGUAGAGCAGCGGAGCUUGAAGUUGAAUCUGUGCAGGAUGCAGGAAAUCAGCUUGGUAUGGAGGAUCGAUCUUUGAGCUCCAGGGUUCUCAGCCAGGACAUAAAUGUACCAGUUCUAGAAGUUGAUGUGGCCAUCUCUAAGGGAAUCACCCUACCUUCCUUGGAGUCCUCCCAGUCCCUUAAUAUACACGUUGAUAAAGAAAAACUCCAUGCCACUGGCUCAAGGAGAGGGAAGAAAAUGACACUUAGGCCCAGACCAGUUACCCAAGAAGACAGAGGUGAUCAUCUUACCACACAGGAACCUUUUCCAGGAGAGCCUAGUGAAGAAGUCAAGGAAGAAGAAGGAAAACCGCAGAUGCAUUCUGGAGGAGAGAUGCCUUUAUUGCCAUCAGGCAACCACUCUGUAAAACUAGCAGCCCAGCCUGGGAAAUCAUCUCAGCCAGAUUUCUGUGCUUCUCCUCAAGGAAAGCCACUCAGGACUUCAGAUCAUCAAGCUGAGGAAGAGAUAGAGGAUGAUGGACUAUUUAUUCCAAUGGAAGAGCAAGACAAUGAAGACAGUGAGAAAAGGCAGAAAAAGAAAAAGGGUACCAAGAGGAAACGAGAUGGAAGGGGUCAAGAAGAAGGGACUUUGGCUUAUGACCCGAAACUGGAUGAUAUGCUUGACCGUACCUUAGAGGAUGGUGCCAAGCAGCACAAUCUGACAGCAGUCAAUGUGCGAAACAUCCUUCAUGAAGUAAUCACAAAUGAACAUGUGGUAGCGAUGAUGAAAGCAGCCAUCAGUGAGACUGAAGAUAUGCCAAUGUUUGAGCCCAAAAUGACACGCUCUAAACUUAAGGAAGUGGUGGAAAAAGGAGUGGUAAUUCCAACAUGGAAUAUUUCACCAAUUAAGAAAGCCAAUGAAAUUAAGCCUCCUCAGUUUGUGGAUAUCAACCUCGAAGAAGAUGAUUCCUCAGAUGAAGAGUACCAGCCAGAUGAUGAAGAAGAAGAUGAGACUGCUGAAGAGGUCAGUGGUGACCCUAGUUUAUUGGAAAGUGAUGUUGAAAGCACUGCUUCGUCUCCACGUGGGGCAAAGAAAUCCAGAUUGAGGCAGUCUUCUGAGAUGACUGAAACAGAUGAAGAGAGCGGCAUAUUAUCAGAGGCUGAGAAAGUUACCACACCUGCCGUCAGGCACAUCAGUGCUGAGGUAGUACCCAUGGGGCCUCCACCCCCCCCAAAGCCCAAGCAGACCAGGGAUAGUACUUUCAUGGAGAAGUUGCAUGCUGUGGAUGAGGAACUGGCUUCCAGUCCAGUCUGCAUGGAUUCUUUCCAGCCAAUGGAUGACAGUCUCAUUGCAUUCCGAACCCGCUCUAAGAUGCCUCUGAAAGAUGUUCCCCUGGGACAACUAGAGGCAGAGCUUCAAGCUCCAGACAUCACCCCAGACAUGUAUGACCCCAAUACAGCAGAUGAUGAGGACUGGAAGAUGUGGCUCGGGGGACUCAUGAAUGAUGAUAUGGGAAAUGAAGAUGAGGCGGAUGAUGAUGAUGAUCCAGAGUAUAAUUUCCUUGAAGACCGUGAUGAACCAGACACAGAGGAUUUCCGCACUGACCGGGCUGUGAGAAUUACUAAAAAGGAAGUGAAUGGACUGAUGGAAGAGCUGUUUGAAACUUUCCAAGAUGAGAUGGGAUUCCCCAACAUGGAAGAUGAUGGCCCAGAGGAGGAAGAACGUGUGGCGGAACCUCGACCUAACUUUAACACUCCUCAAGCCCUACGGUUUGAGGAACCACUGGCCAACUUGCUAAAUGAGCAACAUCGUACAAUGAAGGAAUUGCUUGAACAGCUGAAGUUGAAGAAAUCUUCAGCCAAACAGCAGCAGGAGGUAGAGAGGGUUAAGCCCCAGACUGAGAAAGUUCCUCAGACUCUGAUUCUAGACCCAGCACAGAGGAAGAGACUCCAGCAGCAGAUGCAGCAGCAUGUUCAGCUCUUGACGCAAAUUCACCUUCUCUCCACCUCCAACCCCAAUCUCAACUCGGAGGCCAGUACUACCAGGAUAUUUCUUGAAGAGCUGGGAACCUUUGCUCAAAGCUCCAUCGCCCUUCACCAUCAGUUCAACCCCAAGUUUCAGACCUUGUUUCAACCCUGUAACCUGAUGGGAGCCAUGAAGCUCAUUGAAGAUUUCAACGCACAUGUCAGCAUUGACUGGAGUCCUCGUAAAACUGUCAAGACAGCCUGUAAAUUUCCCUGUUUGCCAAAGCAAGUGGCCUGGAUCCUGGCCACAAGCAAAGUUUUCAUGUAUCCAGAGCUACUUCCAGUGUGUUCUCUGAAGGCAAAGAAUCCCCAGGAUAAGAAUUCAUUCACCAAAGCUGAGGACAAUUUGUUAGCUUUAGGACUGAAGCACUUUGAAGGGACUGAGUUUCCUAAGCCUCUAAUCAGCAAGUACCUUCUAACUUGCAAGACUGCCCACCAACUGACAGUGAGAAUCAAGAACCGCAGCAUGAACAGAGCCCCUGACAACAUCUUUAAAUUUUAUAAGAAGACCAAACAGCUGCCCAUCAUGGGGAAGUGCUGUGAAGAGAUCCAGCCACAUCAGUGGAAGCCGCCUGUAGAGAGGGAAGAACACCGGCUUCCAUUCUGGUUAAAGGCCAGUCUGCCAUCCAUCCAGGAGGAACUGCAGCACAUAGCUAGUGGUGCCAGAGAGGGAGAAAAUGUGACUGGAACCACUGAGGUCAAGCCAGACCCAGACCUAAGCAAAAGCAGCUCAGAAUUGGGGAGUGAAACUCGGUACCCCCUGCUGUUGCCUAAGGGGGUAGUCCUGAAACUGAAGCCAGUUGCCAACUGUUUUUCCAGGAAGGGCUGGAGACAAAAGAGGUCAUCAGCCCUGAAGCCUCUCCUUAUCAGACCUAGUCCCUCUCUCCAGCCCAGCUCCAACUCUGGGAAAAUACCACCUAGGUCAACUCAGUCAGAAGCUCCUCCAAGUAAAAUGGUGGUCCGGAUUCCUCAUACAAUCCAGCCAGCCACUGUCUUACAGACAGUGCCAGCUGUUCCUCCACUGGUGGUCACUGGGGGUGAUAGUUUUGAGUCCUCAACAGUAUUGCCUACUAUACCCCCUGAGGCCAGGACCAGCUUCCCUCUGUCCGAGCCCCAGACCCUGCUCUCCUCUGCUCCUGUGCCCAAGGUAAUGCUGCCCUCACUUGCCCCUUCCAAGUUUCGAAAGCCAUACGUUAAACGGAGAGGCCCAAAGAGAAAGGGGGCCAAGACCUCUCUCUGUCUGAAGUCUGUCCCCCUCAUCAACUCUGCACCUGUUAUCUUCACUGUUCCUGCCACCACUGUGAAAGUUGUGAGCCUUGGCAGUGGCUGCAACAUGAUUCAGCCUGUCAAUGCAACCAUGGCCCAGAGUUCUCAGACCCUUCCCAUCACCACACUCUUGGUUAACCCUACUUCUUUCCCCUGUCCAUUGAACCAGCCCCUUGUGGCCUCCUCCAUCCCACCCUUAAUUGUUUCUGGCAACUCUGUGAAUCUUCCUGUACAAGAAGAUAAGGUCCAAGUGAAUAUGGACAUUGGUUGUCCUUUGGAUGAAGGGAAAAAUGCCUUUCCAGGCCUGGUACCCAAAUUAGAACCCCAGGAACUGUCUCCUCUGUGUGCUACUGUCUUCCCUAAAAAGGAGCACAGCCCAGGACCUCUGCCAUCAGAUAGAGUGUGUCAGGAAGAAUUGUCAGAGAACAGUGCCUAUAUCUGGACUGUUGUGAAAACAGAGGAGGGGAGGCAAGUUGUAGAACCACUGCCUCAGGGUUUCCAAGAAUCUCUAAGCUCUCCUUCUGGAGAUUUAGAGAAAAUUGUGAAGAUGGAACCUAAAGAUCCUGGAGAGGAAGUCUCCAGUGGAUCCCCGGAGCAGACCAUUUGUGAUGAAAUCAAAGAAGAAUACCCUGUGGAGUUGGACACUGGCUUCCCAAAUGAGGAGUCAAGCGCUACAGGAGAAGCUAAGACACAGACAGUUUUACAGAAGGAGGAAGAGAGAAGUCAACUAGCCAAAACUCCUUCAGCUUCUCAAGAACCUCUUGAUGGAGGAAACUCAGGAAAUGGGAGCAAAGAAUCUCCAAAGAAUGCUUCAUCCUCCACUGACCCUGAAAUGGUGUUUAGCAGCCCCCCAGGGAAACCUGAAGACUUAUUCAACAUUGAUGGUGAGUUGGCGGGGACACCAGCUGGGCCAGAAACUGGAGGAGAGAAGGAUGUGCCAGAGGAAGAGGAAGAAGAGGACUUUGACGACCUUACCCAAGAUGAGGAAGAUGAGAUGUCAUCAGCUUCUGAGGAAUCUGUGCUCUCUGUCCCAGAACUCCAGGAAACAAUGGAGAAACUGACUUGGCUGGCAUCUGAAAGGCGCAUGAGUCAGGAGGGUGAGUCUGAGGAAGACAACUCUCAGGAAGAGAACUCUGAGCCUGAAGAAGAAGAGGAAGAAGAAGCAGAAGCAGAGGGAAUGGAAAACCUGCAAAAAGAGGAUGAAAUGACAGAUGAAGCCAUUGGAGACCCUGCAGAGAAACCUCCUACUACGUUUGCCUCACCCCAGGCUGCUCCAGAAGAGGAGACCUGUAGGACCCCACCAGGAGAGAGCAUCAAAGCUUCUGGAAAGGGCCGGAGCAAUCAUCGAGUUCGCAAUAAGCGGGGCAGUCGGGCCCGGGCCAGCAAGGACACCUCCAAGCUGCUGUUGCUGUAUGAUGAGAACAUUCUCGAGCGGGAUCCACUCAGGGAGCAGAAGGAUUUGGCCUUUGCUCAGGCUUAUCUGACCAGGGUACGAGAAGCCCUGCAACAUAUCCCUGGCAGGUAUGAGGACUUCCUUCAGGUUAUCUAUGAAUUUGAGUCAAAUACUCAGAGGCAGACAGCUGUGGAUCUCUACAAAAGCCUGCAAAUUCUGCUCCAAGACUGGCCUCAGCUGUUGAAGGACUUUGCUGCUUUCCUGUUGCCAGAGCAAGCUCUGGCCUGUGGAUUAUUUGAGGAGCAACAAGCUUUUGAGAAGAGUCGCAAGUUUCUUCGGCAGCUUGAAAUUUGCUUUGCAGAGAACCCUUCACACCACCAGAAGAUUAUCAAAGUCCUCCAAAGUUGUGCAGACUGCCUUCCCCAGGAGAUCUCUGAGCUCAAGACACAGAUGUGGCAUCUCCUCAAGGGCCACGACCACCUACAGGAUGAGUUCUCCAUCUUCUUUGACCAUCUGCGCCCAGCAGCUAGCCGGAUGGGUGAUUUUGAAGAGAUCAAUUGGACUGAAGAGAAAGAGUAUGAGUUUGAUGGCUUUGAAGAAGUGGCACUGCCUGAUGUGGAAGAGGAAGAAGAACCUCCCAAGAUACCCACAGCCUCAAAGAACAAAAGAAGAAAGGAGAUUGGGGUCCAAAAUCAUGAUAAGGAGACUGAGUGGCCAGAUGGUGUCAAGGACUGUGCCUGUUCAUGCCAUGAAGGAGGUCCUGAUUCAAAACUGAAGAAAAGCAAACGGAGAAAUUGUAGCCACUGCAGUAGCAAGGUCUGUGACAGCAAAUCCUACAAGAGCAAGGAGCUGCAUGAGUUAGUGGGUGGCAGCCCACACCGAGAGGCCAGUCCUAUGCCUAGUGCUAAGGAAGCUGGGCAGGGCAAGGACAUGAUGGAAGAGGAAGCUCCAGAGGAACGAGAAGCCGUUGAAGCCACCCAGAGCAGGACUGGCAGGAAUACCCGAAAGGGAGAGCUGCCUAUUCCAGGAUUGGCAGUGGGGAGCACUUUGCUGUCCCCUCAAGAAAUGAUUCUUACAGAACAGCAGCUCCUCCUGGAUGGCCCACCACCCUUUUCACCAGAAACUUCUCAGCUUUCUUCCAAAACUGGUGUUGUUCUCGAUACAGCUAGGACAAACCAGGCUGGAUCUGAGGUUUUCUCCUGCCCCGAGGCAUCCCCCAAGCUUCAGGAUGAAGGGGAGGGCCAUAAGGCAGUGGGUGAUUCAGAGGCUUCCAUGGUGGUCUGCGAUGCUUCAGAAACUCAGAAAUGUGCUGGAACUGUCGAGCCCCCUGCUAUUUUCCUGAGCCCUGUUUCCUCAAGGACCAAAGACUUAGGGAAAAGACAGGUUUCUGGGAAACCAGAUACUCAAGAGAGCUGGCUACCUUCAAGCAGGACUGAGGCAAAGAAAUCCGACAAGUCCCUUGUCCAUGAAUCUUCAUCAGGAAUUGACACCUCAGAGUCUCCUCCCAAAACCCCUAAAGGAGGUUUGGCUAAAGACAGUGGAAUACAGGGCAAGGGUCCAGAACAGGAGCAGCAGCCAAAGGCUAUAGAAGUCACAGUAUGUGCAAACAACAGCAAAGUCAGCUCCACUGGGGAAAAGGUGGUCCUGUGGACAAGGGAAGCUGACCGUGUGAUUCUCACCAUGUGCCAGGAGCAAGGAGCACAGCCCCAGACUUUUCGCAUCAUCUCCCAGCAGCUAGGAAAUAAGACUCCUACUGAGGUUUCCCACCGUUUUCGAGAACUCAUGCAGCUCUUCCACACUGCCUGUGAGGCCAGCUCCGAAGAGGAAGAUGAUGCAACCAGCACCAGCAAUGCAGACCAGCUAUCUGAUCAUGGGGAUCUGUCUGAGGAGGAGCUGGAUGAGUGAGACUCUGAGCGUUCCAUAAGGCUGUCGCCACCCUGGUAGCACUGCGCCAGAUUGCGUAGCUCCUGCAGCAGCUCCUCUAGGUCAUCCUGCUCCACUCCAGCAUCCAUGAAGCUAGCCCAGCGCCGCAGA